AAACAGGAGCUGAAAUAGUAAAAAAAAGCAGAAUUCAGAACAAACUACGCAGUAGUUAAAAUAUCGGCCUCCACUUUGGGUGCAUCCGAAUAGUCCUCUUUGCUUAGGACGGUUCAUGACGGAGUGAAAUGAGCCGAAAGUCCUGUAAGUGGCUGCCUUAAUAAGAGCCGUUAGGAACCAUUAGGAGUAUUGGGACGCAGCCAGAGAUGAAGACCGGCUGCCUGCCAACAUUGUUUGACUGCGAUAUAAAACCAGGAAAAGCAGAGCGCACUCAGUGUUUCUCCAGGAGCCUCUGGGUUUUAUGUUGGUUCUUAUUUUUUAUCUAAAGAAAAGGACUUGGGAUGAUGUUUGCCCGUUUAGUUAUUCUGGUCGUUUCCUCGAUGAGUUUCCUGCACAGAUUCCAUGUGUCCGCUUGUGAUACAAACUGUGCAGAUAAACCAGUUUUCACUCCAUCCAGUCUGGUGGUGAAGUUUGGUGACCCCACCUCUGCCAACUGCUCUGUGUGUGAGCCCGCUUGUGUCAACAACCAAUAUGGUGUGGAAAGCCCCGCGGGAGACAAGACGAAGGACGGAACCACGAUAUCAUGGACAGUCGAUUCACUGACUGAGUGGUCGGUGUCGUCAUUGUGUUUCUAUAGUGAUGAUGCUGGUCACCAGUGUUGUACCUUCCUGCCUGUUACUGUCUACCAACCUCCACAAAAAGUGUCCAUCAGCGUUGUUAACCUCACUGGGCCGAUGUUGGAGGGGCGUCAGUACACUCUGCAGUGUACAGUAGAGCACGUGGCUCCUGUUAAGGACCUCCGUGUGACCUUCUACAGAGGACAGACAGCACUGGGUCAACCACAGUCCAUCAACAGCACAGGGACGAAACCAGUGACUCAGAACUUCAGUGUGGACAUCAGCCCGGGUAGAGAAGAAGAUGGAGCUCAGUACUGGUGUGAAGCCAAGCUGGAACUGGGACCUGAAGGACCAAAGCUCCCUCCAGUGGAGACGUCACAAAACAUCACUGCUACUGUGCACUAUCAGCCUCAUCUGGAGGGAUCAUCACACCCAGAUACAAUCAGAGUCCGGGAAGGAGAACUUCUACGACUGAACUGCUCGGCUGUAGCAAACCCCCCCCCCACGUACACCUGGACGUACCCGUCAGGGAGAAGGGAAGCCGCCCAUGCCGACGUUCUGACUAUCAACUCCACCACUGUGUCGGAUGAGGGGAAGUUCACCUGUUCAGUGGUCAACCUGCUGGGAAAUGUCACCAAGGAGUUUGACGUGGAGCUUCAGGGUGUGAAGGUCAUCACCACCCCGUAUACCACCACCACCACGCCCCCGUCCACCACCACCACCACCGUGAGGCCAACAAGCGCGCCGAGCUGCAGCAGCGGCGGCCCGGUGCUUCGCAGGUUCUUCAUGUGUUUCAUGCUUUUAUUCACCGCUCUGGUUUGAAGACGUGUGCGUCGAAUAUAAAUUGCCCAGGAACAUUUUUGCCACUAAAGAGUAUAAAACAAAACUGAAAACAAAUGGUUUAUUCUACGGACGUUAGUUGUAAGUGAGACUUGUCUGAAUGCUUCUUUAAAAUCCUCUUCUGCAAAAGCAUUCAUGGAGCAUACUUUUAUAUUUUUCGGAGAGUUUAACAAACAGUUCUGCUCGUGCGUGUAAGAUGUGAAUAUUUUAGCGUCUCUCAAAGCGAAGGGAUUUUCUAUGGAAAAAGGUGGAAAAACUCAUCAGACUGUGAUCAGCUUUCUCCACCUGUUUCCAGUCUCUAUGCCAGUGGUUCUCAAACUCUUGGAGGAAGAAAAAUGUACCAAAAUGGUCCAUGCUGAAUUUUUAUUAAAAUAACGACAUUUAGUAAUGUAAAACAUAAAGUUCUGUACUUGUACAGCGCUUUUCUAGACUUCCGACCACUCAAAGCGCUUUAACACUACGACAUCAUUCACCCAUUCACACACCGAUGACAGGAGAACCACACACAGUGACACCUGCCCAUCAGCAACUAACAUUCACACGCUGUCGUGGCGGCUACAGGAGCAUCGUUGGGUGAAGUGUCUUGCCCAAGGACACAUCGACCUGGCUGGUCACUGCUCUAUGCUAAGCUACGCUAGCUGUCCCUGGGCUGCAGCACUUUAUUCCAACUACUGUCAAGAAAGUGGUCACCAGUGACCCCGAGACUGGCUGGUUUAAUGUGAAUGUCCGAGCUGAGCUGCAGCUUCGGUCAUCAAUGAGGAAAAAGCAAAUCUCUCAAACAGAAACUCAAUAUUUGCCUCUUUUUGAAUCUGUUCCCUUUACUGCCGGGAAUGUUCAUUCACACAUCGACAUGCUCCGUAUCACCAUCAGCAUCAGCACCGUCCUCUUUGUCAUCUUCAAAUCCACAUGGAAAAAUUCACUUUGAGAUUACUACUUUUUUUUAAGGAAAUACAUUUGAUUACUCUGAUGUUCGAGGGGAUGUUUCUACCGCUCUGAUUGUUUUGUGAAAAGUUCCAUAAAUAACCGCCUGGCCUCGACUGUGAGGAAGCAGCCUUCACAUGCAGUUCUGAUGUUUCACCACCAGGUGGUGGAAGACUACGCUAACCUAUGACGUCAUCGUGUCUGUUUUUGAAUGAUCCUCCUGAAUUCAUUCAUUAUUAUUUGGAAAAUAAAAGCCAUGUGAAGAUGUA